UGACUGGCAUUAUCUCAGACGUCGAGUAGCAGUCGAAGUGUUAAGACGUGUUCUGCUUUAUUUCUGAAUUAUCACAACCCCUUUUUUCGUUUUUGUUUUUCUGUCUUCAGUUCGUUUGGAAAUAAUUUUAUGGUUUACUAAUUUUAUAUAAAAUAUAAUUUUGUCCAUACUUAAACAAGAAGUUUGGAACUACUUUCUUCAUAUUCGUGGUGGUUAUAACAUUUGGACUGUGUGAACAUAACUUUAACUGUGAAUUUUUUAUUUGUGGAUUUUUUUAAAUUUUUAACGAAAUAAAUUAAAAAGGACGUUAAAGCACUAAAGCUUUCAUAUUCUUGUGGAUAAAUGAAGCCUAUGGCAGAAAAGGACAACGAUUCAAUGGCUACUGUACAAAUUAAGCCUGAAUAUGCACCCAGUGAGGUUUAUAGCACUGCCAGUGAACCGCCACCGAUGGGAAUAUUUAGCUACAAUCAGGCCUACAAACGUCAAUCGAGUUCAGUGAAAAUUGCUAAAAUUACAGCAUUCACCAUUAUUGUAUCGUCAUUUAUAAUUGGGUCUUUCAUUUUGGCAUCAACCUAUUUGCAAGCCCGAGUAUCAUGUGAUCAGGUUCAAGCUCUCGACUCUGUGCUCGAGAAAGAGCUGAUGUUAGAGACCCUGCAACAGGUGAAUAAGGAACUUCCACGUGCUGAUGCAUUGAUUGGUGUUGAUUCCAAUGAUGAAAUUGACUUGCAAAAUCUUGACAAAGAAGAACCAACAAUGGUGAAGAAAGUGGAAAAGCCUAAAACUGCUGCUGCACCAGUACCACUACCGGUAGAUUCCCGCAACAACAACAACAACGAACAAACAAAUAAUGAAAGUGAAACCGAUUCGUCUUUCUCGGACAGCGAAGAAGCUGAUGACUUGCAAAAGAUUUCAAACAAAGUUCCUCUUGAAUUAGACUUAAGCGACCUUGCAGCUGCUCUUUUGCAAAAUAACAAGAAAUCCCGCAUGAACUGUGUAGUUGAACGUAAACACGCCGAAGAAAUAGUCGACUCUCCCUCAAAGACUGUCAAUCUUCCAUUCGGAGUUAAUCUUACAACUGACCCCAAAAAGGCUCGCAUUACCGGUGAACGCAUUUCAAUUUUCUGUGAAAGUGGCAACGAAGAUAAGGAACAACAACCCCGUCCUAAUUUGCGUGAAGAAGUCGAUGAUGUCGAAGCCAUUCGACCCAUGUUCAUUCCAUACCAACGUGUGCCAAUUCCAUUUGGUCAAACACCAAAUCAAUUCCCAUUGACCCAUAUGCCACAACGUAUGAUGCCACAACGCAUGAACAUGAUGCCACCAAUGCCCCAACAACAACAACAACCACCAAUGGUCCGUCAAAUGCCACCACCAUUCCAACAUAUGCCAACCAUGGGUGGUAUGCGUCCACCAAUGCCCCCACAAAUUAUGCAAGCUCCUCACCCAGAACCAAUGCAGGAACAACAUGUUCGCAUUCAUGUCCAACAGUUGCCAUUCCGUGAAAUUCAUGUUUCCGACGAUAUGCCCAUUCAAAUUCCAUCGGGUAACCAAGAAUUGCCACACAUUCAAGUUCAGCGGGUGCCAUUGGGACUGGCUCUACAACGUGCCGGUAUUACAGCUGAGGAUUUGCGAAAUAUUCAACGUGCUGCUGAAGAGAGAAUUACCGAUGAACUUAGACGCCUAGCUGCUGAAGAAGCUGCUGAAUCGAACUCUGACUCCGAUAGCAAUAGCUCCGAAGAAGAUGACUCACAAACUCAGUCAAACGAACAAAUGCAUAAUCAAGAACAACAACAACAACAGCAACAACAAAGACAACAAGAAGAAGAACAAUUGACAACUCAACAAUUGCCCAUGGAACCAAGGGACACAAUGACCCCACCAAUGCCUGAUCAACCACAAAUUCUCCAAAUCGGACGUAACGCUUAUGGACGCAGCUUGAUGAGCCCAGUUAACAUUCCUAUUCCAAUGAAUCAAGCUCAAGCUGAUAUGAACCAAGAAGCUAUGGAAUCAGAGAGGCCACAUUAUGUUCAACCUCGUUCCAUUCGUAGCACAGACAAUAUUUUCAAAUCAGAAAAACGUGUCAAGAAGUGCGCCUGUGAUUGCAACUGUUAAAUCAAUGAUUUUUUUUUCACACAAAAGAAAUUU